AUGGCAGGUCUAGCAUUGGUUGCCUGCGCAUUCAUAUUAUGCUUCUCAAUAACCUGCUGCAAUGCCAAAGAUACCAUUAAUCCAGGCCAGCCACUGAGGGAUGGUGAUACUACUCUAGUUUCAGCAGGAAGGGGAAGAUUCGAGCUGGGAUUUUUCAGCUCCGUGAAUUCAAGAAACCGGUACCUCGGAAUAUGGUAUACAAACAUUACUCCUCAGACGGUUGUAUGGGUAGCCAACAGAGAAACACCUAUACAAGACACUCUGGGAGUUGUAAAUCUCACCAGUCAAGGAAACCUGACACUCUUCGAUGGGAACCAGACUCUUGUCUGGUCUUCCAAUUCAUCAUCUCCGCAAUCUCCAGUGGUGCAGCUCCUGGAUUCAGGGAAUCUUGUGCUCGACUCCCUACAGAAGAAUGACACUGCUGCUGCUGACAACUUCCUGUGA